UUAGAAAAGUUAAAUUUUAUAGACAACAAAAUGUCACUACAGCUGAAAGGUCGAGUUGGAUGCGAGAUUAGUCAUCAUGAGCUGAUUCUGACCGAACUGAUCUUUGAGAAUGUCCUCACAGAUCUACCAGCAGAAGAGAUUGUAGCACUGCUGUCUUGCAUGGUCUUCCAACAGAAAACCUGCAGUUCACCGGAUCUUACUGACAAUCUUGUGAAGGGAAUGGAGAAAAUUAAGGCAAUUGCUAGGAGCCUGGCCAUCCUUCAGCAGGAUUGUGGGAUUGAUGUUGAUAUUGAAGAAUAUGUGAGGCAGUUUAGAUUUGGACUGACGGAGGUUGUCUAUGAAUGGGCUAAGGGAACACCAUUUGCUGACAUCACAGCCUUAACAGACGUCUCUGAGGGAAUUAUUGUACGUACUAUCCAGCGUCUUGAUGAAACAUGUCGUGAAGUGGGAAAUGCUAGUCGCAAGAUAGGUAGCUCAACGCUGUUAGCUAAGAUGCGACAGGCUUCAGAACUUAUCAAGAGGGAUAUCGUAUUUGCAGCGAGCCUGUACACACAUAACUGAUCAUUAAGGAAAUCUUAGCACACCUGACUUGCAAUCUAUGUGGUGACAUGACUUGUUCUAA